CAUGCCGCACCAUGAAGACCGGGCCCGAACCGCAAGCGAAACAGCCACGGGAGCAUGGCAGCCCCAAGCGGCCCUGAAGAAACAGACGUCCGAGCCUCCUCGACCAGUUCGUCCGAUUCUGGAUCCCCAAAGGAGGGGGGGGGGCGAGACCAGAGGCCAACCAAGUCUAAGACGAACCUGGCCUGUCUCAUUCAGCGGGAGAGGCGCAGUAUGGCGCCCGCCCGUGGAAGAUCGUCGGCGGCACGCCAUCCCAUCAACCUCUUCCGCUCUCGUAUUUGCCGGCAUCAGGGCGGGGGCCAGUCUGGUGACAAGAGAAUCCCCAACGGGAAUCAGAAGGGCGUCAAUAUCACGCGAUACCGGGCCUUCAUCCAGGUGCCGGCCAAGGAAACCUUACUCACCCCAACCCCUACCUCCCCUCCCCAUUCCGGAAGAUUGCGGAACAGACAGCAGCCCUGCAGUCGCGACGGAAUAAGGCUUGCGUCGGGCAUACGCCGCAAUCUCCAAGCCACCGGUUCCAUCCUCGAGCCGCCCUCACUCCAAAGAUAGACACAAGUGAUGGCUGUCGGGACAGUACUCCGUAGAAAGAUUUUCAUUUAUUUAUUAUUAUUAUUCUACUUUACAGAAAAAAGACAGAAAAAAUACACUACAGCCUCCUUUGUGAUCCGAUAGCCGGAU